AUGCGCUCAGUCAUCGCCCUCACGGCCCUUCUGGGUCUGUCAAACGCCGCAGCCAUUCAGCCUCGCAAGGUUGAGCCGGAGCUCUUCAAUAUCGAGCUUGGACGUGGUGACGUCCGCACUGUUACCGAGGAGGAGAAGUGGGCUUUGAAGGCUGAACACAAACACUUCAUCGACGUUACCAACCUCGAUGAGCCCGGUUUCAGUCUUCAGUUCCUUGCCAGCUUCCCCGGAGCAGUCGCCCAGACCACCGCAGUCAAGGCCCUUAUCCCCAAGUUGAGCCAGACCAACUUGCGCAGCACCUUGACCACCUUCUCCAACUUCCAGAACAGAUACUACACCUCCACUUAUGGCCAGCAGUCUGCCGAGUGGCUGUUCGGACAGGUCCAGUCCAUCAUUACCGCCAGCGGAGCGAAGAAUGUCAAGGUCCAGAAGUUCACCCACUCAUUCAGACAGCCAAGUAUCAUUGCCACCAUCACUGGCAAGAGUGAGUCAACUGUCGUUGUUGGAGCUCACCAGGAUUCGGUCAACCUCCAGAACCCAAGCGCCGGCCGCGCUCCCGGUGCUGACGACGAUGGAUCUGGAACUGUCACCAUUCUUGAGGCCUUCCGCGUGCUGUUGACCGACUCACGCAUCACCUCCGGCCAGGCUGCCAACACCAUCGAGUUCCACUGGUAUGCCGGAGAAGAGGCUGGUCUUCUCGGCAGUGGCGCUGUCUUCCAACAGUACAAGCGUGACGGCCGACAGGUCAAGGCCAUGCUCAACCAAGACAUGACUGGCUACGUCAAGCCCGGAACCAAGGAAGUCGUUGGAAUCCUCACCGACAACGUUGACGCUGGUCUUACUGCUUUCCUCAAGAAGGUCGUUGCUGCUUACUCUUCUCUUCCUACCGUCGAUUCCAAGUGUGGAUACGGUUGCUCCGACCAUGCUUCUGCUACCCGCGCCGGUUACCCAUCCGCCAUGGCGUUUGAGUCGACCUUUGAUGACAGCAGCCCUCUAAUCCACUCUGCUCAGGACACCAUCGACACCGUGAACUUCCCCCAUGUCCUUGAAUUCUCAAAGAUUGUUCUUGGAUUUGCGUACGAGCUUGGAUUCGCUACCCUGUAG